AAGCAAGCGCACGCAUUGACCAGGUUACGCCGAAGGCUACUACUCCAAAUACAACGACAAUACCAACAGCAACUUGCACUUCUUCCGCCGCUCUCUCUCUCUCUCUCUAUCGGACUAUCUUCCAAAGGAAAAUCAAACCCCGAUCUUCUCUUCUUCAGAUCUGAGCCUCGUCUCCACUGCUUAAAAUAUGUCGGAAGAGGUGGAGUACCGCUGCUUUAUUGGUGGCCUUUCGUGGUCAACAUCUGACAGAGCUCUGAAAGAUGCAUUUGAAAAGUUUGGAAAGCUUCUUGAAGCAAAGGUGGUUGUUGACAAGUUCUCUGGGCGUUCCCGUGGAUUUGGGUUCGUCACUUUUGAUGAUAGGAAAGCAAUGGAGGAGGCUAUUGACGAGAUGAAUGGAAUAGAUUUAGAUGGGCGGACUAUUACUGUUGAUAAAGCUCAGCCUCACCAAGGCUCAGGUAGAGAUCAUGAUGGUGACCGGAGCCGUGACCGUGGUCGUGAUCGUGACCGUGGUCGUGACUAUGGAGGUGGACGUGGAUCUAAUGGCGGAGAAUGCUUUAAGUGUGGGAAGCCUGGACAUUUUGCUAGGGAGUGUCCGAGUGAAGGGGCGAGAGGGAGCAGGUAUGGGGGCAGGGAUGAUAGAUCCAGUGGUGGUGGCGGCGGUGGGGGUGGCCGUUAUGGUCCUGAUCGGAAUGGUGAUCGAUUUGGUGGGCGCAACAGGGAUUCUGGUAGCCGUGGAGGUUCUGGAGCUGAUCGGUACAGUCGUGACCGCAGUGGACCUUAUGAGCGACGCAGCACUGGAGGUGGAGGUUUUCGCUCUGGAUAGGAGUUAUGAUAGUGGUUUGGAGCAGAGGUGCCUCAGUUACCGUCCUCAAAAGCGUUCAAGUUUCUUUGCUGGAUGCAUUCUUAUGAACAUUGUCUGGAUGGAUCUGUCUAGUAUAUCAGUAGUUUGAAGUGCAAAAAAUGGCAUGAAUACUCACCUGCUUUGUGUUCCAAAAAUGCUCAAUUCGAUGUUUUGGUCCGGGAUAUUGUGCUUGCUUGACAUGGACUUUCGAAAUUGGUCUUGUAGUCUGUGAAUGCCAUUAUUGCUGCUGGAUAUCUUGUGACUUUCAUGCAUAGAAUUCCAAAUACCACGUAAUUGCUGCCCGAUCCUCCUUGUUGACCAUAUCUCAAUAGGAAUUGCAGAAUCAGAAGCUUUUUGGUUGGAUGGGUGUUUGGAGGGACCAAUUCAUGGGUAUGUCAUUGGGAGUUAGCUUCUUUUCACUUGGGGAGUAGAAGUGGUUUUAGAAGUAGAGUUCCCAUUUUGGCUACCCUGUUUCAUUAUGGUACUAAAAACAGGAGUCAAGCGGGUAAUAUAUUUUUCUUAUACGUGCAUGGUGGUUCUUGAUUCAUUCAUUGCUCUAUAUUAAUGUCCUUAACCUUUUGGCAGGAUGCUUCGCUAUAUAUGCUCUUUAUGGAUACAAAUUGGGUUACUUUGUUGCUAAUUGGACAUGUGUGGUUUUAAUUUAAAAAUUAUGAAAAGUGUUUUCGCCUGCACCAAGCCAUCUGCAAAUUAAUUCAACAUAAGCCACACUCCUCUUCUGCUUGGCGCACUGUUGGAGAGAUUGAUUCCAUUUUUCUGGAAAAAUGUGGGCAGGCUUAACUUGUUGAGGUUCUUGAUGAAUGCAACAACGGCUGCCCUUGUUUUUUGUUCCUUUUUCCCUCUUAUGGAUAUAUGUUCUGCAAUGCUCUUCUUGGAUGGAAGAUUUUUGCUCACCUUGUUUUUCCGGUAUGUGCUAUAUAAUUAAUGAUUCCUUGGUCUUGUU